CACAAAACACUGGAAGGAAAGCAUACAGCAUCAGACCCCAUUCAGAUUGGAUAUAAAAAGGAUCUGAGAAUCCCCCCUACCAGACCAAAACCAGUACACUCUGAAAAUAUCCACUCAAGUCACAAAAUCCCCAACCUCCAAACUCGUGGGAAAUUAACUCAAAAAAAAGGAUACCUGAGUUGAGGCCUACAUAUAUAAUGAUGUCCGAAGAAAAUGAUUACUCUCAGUCUGCAGCUAUGGCCGCAGAGUACUCGGUCAGAAAGAGGAAGAAGACCAAAAACAAGAGGCGGUUCAGCGACGAACAGAUCAGGUCGCUGGAGAUCAUGUUCGAGUCAGAGACGAAGCUCGAACCAAGGAAGAAGCUCCAGGUGGCCAGGGAGCUUGGGCUGCAACCGCGUCAGGUCGCCAUAUGGUUUCAGAACAAGAGGGCUCGGUGGAAGACGAAGCAGCUCGAGAGUGACUAUGGCGUCCUCCAAGCCAAUUAUAAUGCCCUGUCUUCUAACUUUGAAGCCUUGAAGAAAGAGAAGCAGGCCUUACUAAUACAGUUGCAGAAGCUGAAUGAUCUGAUGCAGAAGUCACGGGAGGAAAGGAAGGGUUUUGGGCAAGACGUGGCAGAGGAUAGCAUUGGUGACCAAUUGGGCAGAGGAGAAAACAUUAAGAGCGAAUUUGAAGCGAAACCCAGCUUGUUGCUGGAAAGAGCAGAAGAGGGGAUGCAUGUUUUUUCAGAUGAUGAUAGCAGCAUACGGGCAGCAGACUACUUUGGGCUGGAUAAAGAACCUGAGCUUGUGAAUAUGGUAGAACCAGCAGAUAGUUCAGAGAAUUGGGGAAGUCUUGACUCUGAGGGUGGUCUACUUGAUGAAUCUGGUAGUAGUUAUCAGUGGUGGGACUUCUGGACUUAAAUGAAUUAGUUAGAGAUUCAUAGGUAUGGAGGAAAUGUACAGGAAUAAUCUUCCUUCAGCUUGUAGGGAGUGAAACAGCUUACCACAUUGCCAGUGAAUGUAGCUCUAGUAAAGUUCAAGGACGGCAAAAACAGAACACUUCAAUCGAUCGUCUUGAUCCUAAUGCAAAA